AUGCUGCGGCCGCGCAGGUACCGCCCCGCACGGCCCCGGCCCCCCCUGUGCCCCCCUCCCCGGUGCCGCUGUGCCCCGGAACCUCCGCCCCGGCAUCCCGGUACCUUCCGGGGUGUGCUGACCUUCCCCAAGCCCAGCCAUGGGCUCCAUCGGCAGAAGAGGGACUGGGUCAUCCCUCCCAUCAACUGCCCCGAGAACGAGCGGGGGCCCUUCCCCAAGAAGCUGGUGCAGAUCAAAUCCAACAAGGACAGGGAGACCAAGGUUUUCUACAGCAUCACGGGGCAGGGGGCGGACACCCCCCCCGUGGGGGUCUUCACCAUCGAGCGGGAGACGGGGUGGCUGGAAGUGACGAAGCCGCUGGACCGGGAGGAGAUCGACAAAUACGUCCUCUUCUCCCACGCCGUGUCAGCCAACGGGCAGCCUGUGGAGGACCCCAUGGAGAUCAUCAUCACCGUGACGGACCAGAACGACAACCGGCCCGUCUUCACCGAGGAGGUGUCCCAUGGGGCCGUGGUGGAGGUGGCUGAGCCAGGUUAGACCAAUGCCACU